CUCCCAUCGAAAUUACCAGGCGUACGUGCGUCUCGACAAACUCACUAAAAAAUCGACAGAUUACGCGGCACUGAUGAGAAAUGAUUAGAAGUAGGAAUUAGUCGGCCUAAACAUCAGGAGUGUUCAGCCGCAAACGUAGUCUCAAUUGGAAGUUGUUUUUGUGACUUCAUUAUCUGUUAGUUGGCCGAUUAAAUCUUGCGCCAUUGUCGUCAUUGGUCUCAGAAAACAAAUCUAUUCUGAUCUCAUCUGAUCUUAGGGAUUUGGAAAUAAUGGAGAUAACAUCUCAGGCUGACCCUUCCAGGAAGAAGAGACGACUACUGCUAAUCUUUAACUGUAUUAUAUUAGGCAUAGGCAACUGCGGCGGCCCUUUGAUCACGCGCCUCUACUUCCUCGACGGAGGCAAAAGUGUAUGGUUCUCCAGUUGGAUGGAGACGGGCGGUUGGCCCAUGAAUUUGAUCCCAUUGCUUCUCACCUAUAUCCAGCGACGCAGAUCCGAAGGAUCAAACGCGAAAUUGCUAUUCAUAACGCCUAGGAUAUUCAUGAAGGCCGCCAUUAUCGGCGUUCUCACCGGAGUCGACGACUACGUCUACGCGUAUGGCCUGUCGAAGCUCCCCGUCUCCACCACCGUUCUCCUCAUCGCCACACAGCUAGCCUUCACCGCCGGCUUCGCGCGUCUUCUAGUGAACCAGAAAUUCACCGCCGCGUCGGUGAACGCCAUCGUGCUGCUCACGAUCGGAGCCGGAUGCUUGGCCAUUGGCGCCAGCGGCGACCGCCCCCCCGGCGAGACCGAAAAGGAGUACAUCUUAGGGUUUGUAUUGACGCUCACCGCCGCUUGCUUGUACGGCUUCGUUCUGCCAUGGAUAGAGCUUACGUACAGGACCGCGAAACAGGCGAUUACGUAUACGCUGGUGUUGGAGAUGCAAUUGGUCAUGUGUUUCUUCUCCACCUCUUUCUGUAGCUUCGGAUUGCUCGUAAGCAAGGAUUUCAAGACGAUUCCAGACGAAGCAAAAGCGUUUUCGAUGGGAGUGGGUAAGUACAUUGCAGUGUGUAUUGGGAGUGCGGUUCUUUGGCAGUUGUUUUUCAUGGGAGUUGUGGGUGUGAGCUGUUUCGGUUCGUCGUUAAUGUCGGGAAUCAUAAUCUCCGCAUUAACUCCGGUGACGGAGGUUUUGGGCGUUUUGUUUUACCAUGAAAAAUUCCGAGGAGAGAAGGCUUUGUCUCUUGUCUUGGCUCUCUGGGGCUUCGUUUCUUACUUCUAUGGCGAAAUGCAGACUAGUAAGGAGUCCAAGGACCAUGAAGAAUCUCAAGACCUUAACCCUUCUCAAACUCUUCCUAUUUAAUUUAAUUUUUUUUUUUUUUGGGUAAUGCCCAAUUACUAGCGUCAUCACUUGAUUGCACAACAAAAGAGGUAAAUUGGAGUCUAAUUCAUAAUGGCUGAGUAAAGAGUCAAUAGUGAUACCAUGGAGGUAGAUCUGAACCCAUUUACGUAUUGAAUUGUAAACAUUCAAUAUGUAAAUUGUGAAUUCAAUUGGAGACAUUAAGUAUAUGAAUGGUGUAUUUUUUAUUCGAGUCCAUGGAAUAAUUUUAAGUAUAUGAAUGGUGUAUUUUUUA